CCACACUGGAAGAAUCUAAAUACUCCUUUUCUCCUGACUUCUAGCUUUUUAGUGUUGUGAUAUCCAAACAAGAAGAGGAUGAGAGGCUCUCUGUUGCUGCUGCUCACAGUGACGGCUUAUAUGCAAUCUCUGUGUGCGUCAGACAGUUGCCGUGAGGAGGUGGCUCGUCUGCAGGAGCAGGAGAAACUUCUGAAGGGCCAGCUUCAGAAACAAGAGCUCCUCCUACACAGAUUACAGCUCCUGAACCAGCCUCGCAACAUGAACAAAGCCAGAGCCGUCCAGAGCCAGGACACACAGUAUGCAGACUGCUCCCAGCUCUUCAGUGCUGGCUACAAAUCCAGUGGUUUAUACAGAAUCAAAGCCAGUGGCAGCCUGUCUCCAGUCCAAGUGUACUGUGAUAUGAGUGAUGGAGGUGGUUGGACGGUCAUACAGAGACGGAUCAACGGAGCACAGACGUUUAAUAGGUCAUGGGAAGAGUACAAGGAUGGUUUUGGAGACAUGGAUGCAGAAUUUUGGAUAGGAAAUGACAACCUGCAUUACAUCACUGAACAAGGGAAUUAUACUCUGAGGAUCAACUUGGAAGACUUUGAUGGUAACCAACGCUAUGCUGAGUACAAGAACUUCAGAGUAGCUGAUGAAAAGGAUCACUACCGCCUUAGCUUUGGAGCCUAUCUAGGUACAGCCGGAGAUGCUUUGUCUGGAAGCUAUCAAGCUGGGGUGUCAGAAUGGGCCAGUCACCAAGGCAUUAAAUUCAGCACCUACGACCAGGACAACGAUAACUACAAUGGAAACUGUGCUAAGGAAGACAAAGGAGGCUGGUGGUUUAACAAGUGUCACUCAGCCCAUCUCAAUGGCAAGUACUAUCCCAAUGGGCACUACAGCUCUGUAACAGAUGAUGGUGUAAUUUGGUACACUUGGAGAGGAUGGUGGUACUCGCUGAAGACCAGCAUCAUGAAGCUGAGACCCAUUGAUUUCAAAAUUGAUCCCGUCGAUGAUCCCAAUGUGAUUCAUCGCAGCCCCCACUCGCAAGCAGAAGAAGAUCUCGAAUUGGUUGUGGGCAGAAACUAAUUGGCAAACAGUACUUUAUAGUAAUACUUUAGGUAAAAUCAUAUUUCAAAUUGAAAAAGAAAUGUAUGCUAUAAACGCUAUGCUCUGAUCAACUUAACUAAGUGACUCCUCAUAGCAAACAUGCUUCCUGUAUUAUCAGACUUUAUCCUAAUGAUAAAUGGUAAGAUUAGCAGUAAUUAAGUCGAUUUACUGUAAUUCAUUAUAAAAACAAUCAAUCCUUUUGCAGCCUAUCUUAGUAGUAGAUGCUUAUGAAAUGCCUGUUUUAGAGCUUCAUAUUGCAAGAGGAAGUAGCAUGCACACAUAGCUGUCUGUUUUGGUGGAGAAAAGGGAAAUCUGAUGUCAGUGUGUGUCAGACACAGGCACAAACAUUGGACUAAAAGCAGUGAAAGGAGCCAUUAUCAUGUCACUGAAAAUAGCUGUAACAGGAGUUUUUUUUUUCUUUUUUUCAAACCAGUGGUAUAUUAUAAAAACAGCAAGUUGCAGUGAUAGAGAAGAUAGACAAGAUAACACUGAGCUAUCACUGAAAGCACUAAGUUAUAUUUCUUUGGCACACAAUAAUAGAAAUAGAGGUUUAAAAAUACUAAAUAUGGAUUGUCUCCCAUUUACAGGCUGUGGACAUACUGUCAGCUCUAUAUCACUCAUAUUUGCAUUAUAACCAUGAUUAAAAAAAUAAAACCUGCAAA